ACAAAUUCUCAAUAUAAUUGACAUUUGGUGAUUUGGUUCAUCAUGACUUCCUUAAUUUAUCAACUCCUUGCCUCCACCACAAGUUUUCUCCUCUUCCUUGCCUAUUUCCAGCAUUUCACAGGUAACAGAGAAAAAAAAAUAUCGUACUUUAUUUUUUUUUUACCAUCUCCUUAAAUUUGCUUUUUCACCCCUCUCAAUUUGAACGUCCUGACUGAAGUUAGACUCAGUGCCAGCUAACUUCAUUCAAAUCGCCUCGCUAGCUAUUUCGUCAUUAAAUGCACGCAUUAACAUUAUCUACAAAAGUAUCACUUUCAUGCUCAUCCAACAACCGUAAUUAUAAAGGUGAACGAUUCGACGAUGUCAACCCAAUCUCUGAGCCUAACCCAACCCAUCCAGCACACUCACAAAUUUCCUGUUUUUUUUUCUUCUUUCCUGAACUUGAUCCAACAUUUCAGUACAUAAUUUGAGCUACCCAAGUAAGUCUUGAUAAAAUACGCCACCCAACAUUUUCGCAGGUAAAAAUACAUUUUUUAUCACUAUCUUCUUCUUUCUCAUUUCAUCUGGGUUUUUUUUUUCCCUCAGUCCCACUAGCGUGCUGAGGAAAGUUAGACUCGUUGCCAGCUGACAUCAUUCAAAUCUCGUAGCUAGCAAUUUCGUUAUCAAAUGCACACAUUAACAUUAUAUGCACAAAAGUAUCACUUCAUAUGCACAAGCAGCAACAAAAAUCAUAGAGCCGAAUGAUCAUCCACGAUGUCAGCCCUGUCUCUGAGCGACCCAUAUAUCCAAUAUGCUAGCAAAUUUCGAGGUCGUUUGGAAGUUGCGAUUGUUAAAUAGAUGUAUUGUUGAGAAUGCAUGUAUAAUAUUAUACAUGUAUUGUCGAAUUUGAUGCAUUGUAGAAUACAACGUUUGGUAUGUGUGAUUGUGUAUGUCGCAUCAGCUAAAAACUGAGACAAAACAAUCUCAACUCAACUAUCUCAACAAUCACAACUAAAAGUUGAGAUAUAACAAUCACUCAAAAUGAGUGAUAGUUUCUAUCACAUCACAGAAACAAUCCAUGUAUUGUUUCUGCUAAAAAAACAAAAAAAUGAUGCACUGUAAACAAUACAUGCAUAAUGACAAUCUCAACAAGACAAUCGCAACUUCCAAACGACCCCUUCAUGUAUUUUCUUUCUUCAACUCGAUGCAGCAUUUCACUGCAUAAUUUGAGCUACAUUUCCCCAUAUAAAAAUAAAAAUAAAAAAAGAUAAAAUUUCUGACUACGCCACUGUAGAUGCACAUGUCUCCCCGACACAUGGUUUGGCCAAUCUAAUGAAACAUUGUUUUUUCUUAAAUCAUUUUCCCCAUGCAUGCAUGCAGACGCACAAGGACUAGGUGUGUGACCCUCGCCCGAGAAAUGCAGAAACCGCCACCACCCAAGGCCAUACUAUGGCUCCUCCGGCAAAAAAACAUAAAGAAGGUCCGAGUCUACGACGCAUUCAACGACCGAGACCUCCUGGAAGCCCUACAGGACACCGGGAUCGACGUCCUGGUCGGGAUGAACAACGACGACGUGUACCGGGUCGCGGCCGACGUGUCCUCCAACGAGGCCGCCAAGUGGCUGGAGCAAAACAUCAAGCCGUACUACGAGAAAGUCAGCUUCCGGUGCCUCCAGAUCGGGCGGCGGAUGUCGCAGCAAGGGAACCGCCAGAUCUCGGCCGUGUUUCAGGCGCUGGUCCACGUCCAGACGGCGCAGAAGAGGCUGGGGCUCGACAUCUCGCUCGGGAUUGACUUGGAUACCAACGUCAUGACGGAGUCGUUCCCGCCGUCGGCGGCUUCGUUCGACGUGUCCAUAUUGCCGGUGCUCCGGCCCAUGUUGACGUUCAUGGAGCAUAAUAUGGGGACACUCAUUGUGAGCAUUUACCCCAUGAUCAGGUACGUGACAGAAUUAUACUACGAGUACAAGGGCGUCUCCAUCGACUACGCGCUGCUGAACGGCGAGACGGUGGUGGUGACGGACAAUGGCCUCCAGUACACCAACAUGAUGGACGGCCUGAUGGACGCCUUCUACACGUCGCUGAAGAAGCUCGGGAUCUCGAUGAGGGUGAUCGUCGGCGAGACAGGGUGGCCGUCGAGCUCCGAGGUCAAAUACGCCACCCAGAAGCUGGCCGGCGAGUAUAUCUACAACUUGGCGGAGCGGCUGAAGAACAACGUUGGGACGCCGUUGAAGCCCCAGUGGCACGUGGAGACCUUCAUCCAUACGCUCUACGUUCAGGACAAGAACAACGACGGGAUGUAUAAGUGGUAUGGAAUGUUUUAUCCCAAUGGUUCGCCGGCAAAUCCAUACCUCUCUCUUUGAAAGAAAGAAGGAUAAAAGGA